UCCGCGAUACGUGCGAGAGUUUGAUUUGUUAGUGUUAAGAUUUUAAAAUGUCGCAGCAAGAAAUUUCUUGCGGCUUGGAAUAUAUAUCGACCCCGGAUUUGCAAGCAUGUUUGACAGAAGCACUCCGUUGUAAUUACUCUUUUAUAGUUUCGCCUAUAGUUCACCCACGUUUUCGAAGACCAUGCUCAGUCGCCGGCAAAGUUGGUGGAUUUACAAGAUCAGACAUGAUAUUAUCGCCUCAAGAUUGGACAAGCAGAAUGGUAGGAAAGCUGUCCCCUUAUCUGGAUGUGGACUCCUCAUCGCCCAUUGUCCGGCAACGACAUGAAGAUUGUUUAAACGAAGAAUUGAAUUACUGCAGAGGCCUUGGACUUCCUGCGAUCAUGUUAGCCGUGCAUGGUAGAAACACGAAUAAUCUAGCUAGAAUAUUGAAUUCUUAUUAUGAAACCAGCCACCACCCAUCUCUAAUAUGGGCCCAAGUACCUAUGACGUGCUCCAAGACAAUGAAGAAGUGUGCUGAAUCUGAAUCUGGGGAUGAUUCUGCGGCAUGGGAUGAACCUUGGCUGUGGUGGUCCAAAUUCCACGAGCGUUUGGAGUGGGACAAGCGUGUCGGUGUUGCAUUAGAAUUGUCUGCAGAUUUACCUUCUGAAGAAAUUAUAAAACGUUGGCUGGGAGAACCAGUUAAAGCCAUAAUAGUGCCUACUUCUAUUUUUCAUAAUAAUAAGAAAGGAUAUCCAGUGUUAUCCCGAGCCCACCAGCAAUUAGUUGUAAGUUUGGUUGAGCAUGAAGCUCAAGUUAUAGUGAGUGGGGCCAGGAGGUCCAAUGUGGAGUUUUACUUGCAGUACCUGUAUAGAAUUUGGAAAAGGAGGCCUUACUUAGGUGAUGACCCUAUGUUAAGUUAUGCUAGAGGUUGGGAAGAUUAUCUACAGACCCCACUACAACCAUUAGCUGAUAACUUGGACACUCAUACAUAUAAUGUAUUUGAAAAGGAUCCUGUUAAAUAUGACCAGUACCAAAAAGCUAUUGCACAAGCUUUAACAGAUCUACAAAAAGGACCAUCUGAAGUGAUUAAUACGGAUAUAAUUUCAAAUGAGAUAGGACAAGGGGAUUCUGAUGUGAAGAAGAAAACUGUGACUGUAAUGGUGCUAGGAGCUGGUAGAGGGCCUCUAGUUAGGGCUACAUUAAAUGCUGCUGAUAUAACCAACAGUAAAGUGAAGGUUGUGGCUGUUGAAAAGAACCCGUGUGCAGUGGUGGUGUUAGCAGCGCAAGUGCGAGAAGUAUGGCGUGAUAGAGAUGUUGUUGUUAUACCGGGGGACAUGCGACACAUUAACCUAUCGCCGAAAGCCGAUAUCAUAGUCUCAGAGCUACUAGGGUCCUGGGGUGAUAAUGAGCUCUCCCCAGAGUGCUUAGAUGGCGCCGCAGGUCUUCUAAAGCCGGGUGGUAUAUCAAUACCUUGUGAAUAUAGAUCUUAUGUGGCGCCCAUCUCUUCGCCUCGCUUGUGGGCGGCUGCUAGAGCAGCCCCAUCAGUUUCACCAAACCAAAAAGAUAAAAAUCUGGAAACUUUGUGGGUUGUUUAUAUGCAAAAUAAACAUGAUAUAGCUGAAACUAAGCUUGUUUUCACUUUUGAGCACCCUGCCAAAGGUGCAAGGGACCAUGAAGGUCAAGAACUUACUGACUAUAGAGGCCUGCCAUUAACAGACAAUAGGAGAUCAGAAACUUUAACCUGGGAAGUACAACAAGACAAUGUUUUGCAUGGAUUUGGGGGAUAUUUUGACUGUUCAUUGUAUGGGAAAGAGAUGAUCAGUAUAGUGCCUUCCACCCACAGUCCAGGAAUGAUUUCAUGGUUCCCAGUUUUCAUUCCUAUAAAGACUCCUUUGAGGGUACAUAAAGGUGAAAUAAUUACAGCAAAGUUUUGGCGUUGUAUAGACUCCCGCCGAGUUUGGUAUGAGUGGAUAGUAGAAGUGGGAAACCGUACUACAAACCUCCAUAACCCCAAUGGGCGAAGUUCAGAAAUGUUAUUAUGAUAUAAUAUUGGAAGAAGUGUUAUAUUUUGCAAUAAAAUUGCCAACAGAAUUUAAA